GGCGUCAGCGGUUCUAGAACGUUGCUGUGGUAGCGCUCGGGCGCCAUGUUAGGACGAAGGGGAAGGAGGAGAAGCGCUUAAAGCGGCGGGGCACGGGUGCAGGACUGGGUUGGCCCCGGGGCUGAGGUAGGCUGCUGUCCCUCCCGCCUCGGUGGAUCAUGCCCAGGACGGCAGCAGUCGCGGGGGGGAAGUGACUGGGCGGUGCCGGCGCCGGAGACGAUGCCGUUUCCAGUUACAACGCAGGGAUCACAACAAACGCAGCCACCACAGAGGCACUAUGGCAUUACCUCUCCUAUCAGCUUAGCAGCCCCCAAGGAGACUGACUGCCUACUCACACAGAAGCUCAUCGAAACACUGAAGCCCUUUGGGGUUUUCGAAGAGGAGGAGGAACUGCAGCGCAGGAUUUUAAUUUUGGGAAAAUUAAAUAACCUGGUGAAAGAAUGGAUUCGAGAAAUCAGUGAAAGCAAGAAUCUUCCACAAUCGGUAAUUGAAAAUGUUGGAGGAAAAAUUUUUACUUUUGGAUCUUACAGACUAGGAGUACAUACAAAAGGUGCUGAUAUCGAUGCGUUGUGUGUUGCGCCAAGACAUGUUGAUCGAAGUGACUUUUUCACCUCAUUUUAUGAUAAAUUGAAAUUACAAGAAGAAGUGAAAGAUUUAAGAGCUGUUGAAGAGGCAUUUGUACCAGUUAUCAAACUCUGUUUUGAUGGAAUAGAGAUUGAUAUUUUGUUUGCAAGAUUAGCACUGCAGACUAUUCCAGAAGAUUUGGACCUACGAGAUGACAGUCUGCUUAAAAACCUAGAUAUAAGAUGCAUAAGAAGCCUUAAUGGUUGCAGGGUAACCGAUGAGAUUUUACAUCUAGUACCAAACAUUGACAACUUCAGGUUAACUCUGAGAGCCAUCAAACUGUGGGCCAAACGGCACAACAUCUAUUCCAAUAUAUUAGGUUUCCUCGGUGGUGUUUCCUGGGCUAUGCUAGUAGCAAGAACUUGCCAGCUUUAUCCAAAUGCAAUAGCAUCAACUCUUGUACAUAAAUUUUUCUUGGUAUUUUCUAAAUGGGAAUGGCCAAAUCCAGUGCUAUUGAAACAGCCUGAAGAAUGCAAUCUUAAUUUGCCUGUGUGGGACCCAAGGGUAAACCCCAGUGAUAGGUACCAUCUUAUGCCUAUAAUUACACCAGCAUACCCACAACAGAACUCCACGUACAAUGUGUCCGUUUCAACACGGAUGGUCAUGGUUGAGGAGUUUAAACAAGGUCUUGCUAUCACAGAUGAAAUUUUGCUGAGUAAGGCAGAGUGGUCCAAACUUUUUGAAGCUCCAAACUUCUUUCAGAAGUACAAUGCUUGGUAUCUGACCUGUCAUCUACCCAGGCAUUAUAUUGUACUUCUAGCAAGUGCGCCCACGGAAAAGCAGCGUCUGGAAUGGGUGGGCUUGGUGGAAUCAAAAAUCCGCAUCCUGGUUGGAAGCUUGGAGAAGAAUGAAUUUAUUACACUGGCUCAUGUGAAUCCCCAGUCAUUUCCAGCUCCCAAAGAAAGUCCUGACAGGGAAGAAUUUCGCACAAUGUGGGUGAUUGGGUUAGUGUUUAAAAAAACUGAAAACUCUGAAAAUCUCAGUGUCGACCUCACCUAUGAUAUCCAGUCUUUCACAGACACAGUUUAUAGGCAAGCAAUAAACAGCAAAAUGUUUGAGCUGGAUAUGAAGAUUGCAGCAAUGCACGUGAAGAGAAAGCAACUCCAUCAGCUGCUGCCUAGUCACGUGCUUCAGAAGAGGAAGAAGCAUUCAACAGAUGGAGUCAAGUUAGCAGCUCUGAAUGACAGCAGCCUUGACUUGUCUAUGGACAGUGAUAACAGCAUGUCUGUGCCUUCACCCACUAGUGCUAUGAAGACCAGUCCGUUGAACAGCUCCGGCAGCUCUCAGGGCAGAAACAGUCCUGCUCCAGCUGUGACGGCAGCAUCUGUGACCAGCAUCCAGGCUUCUGAGGUUUCUGUACCACAAGCAAAUUCCAGUGAGAGCCCAGGGGGUCCAUCGAGUGAAAGCAUUCCUCAAACUGCCACACAGCCAGCCAUUUCUCCACCACCAAAGCCUACAGUCUCCAGAGUUGUCUCCUCAACACGUCUGGUAAACCCAUCGCCUAGACCUUCAGGAAAUGCAGCAACAAAAGUCCCUAAUCCUAUAGUAGGAGUCAAGAGAACGUCCUCACCCCAUAAAGAAGAAAGUCCUAAGAAAACCAAAACAGAAGAGGAUGAAACAAGUGAAGAUGCUAACUGUCUUGCUUUGAGUGGACAUGAUAAAACAGAGACAAAGGAACAAGUUGAAACGGAGAUGAGUGCGGUUCAAUCAGAAACUGUUCCAGCAUCAGCUUCUCUGUUGGCCUCUCAGAAAACAUCCAGUACAGACCUUUCUGAUAUCCCUGCUCUCCCUGCAAAUCCUAUUCCUGUUAUCAAGAAUUCAAUAAAACUGAGACUGAAUCGGUAAAGCCACCUCAGGGUCCAUAAACAGUAUCUGCCAACUCAACCUGUUGUCUUCAGAUGCUUAAACAAAAGAAAGAAAGAAAGAAAGAAAGAAAGAAAGAAAGAAAGAAAGAAAGAAAGAAAGAAAGAAAGAAAGAAAGAAAAGGAAGGAAGGAAGGAAAAAGAGGAGAUUGGAGGGACAAGACUAGACCUGACUUGACAUGGGUUUAGUUGUUUGGUGACCUCCCUUACUUGGGCUCAUCAGCACUUGAUCAGAAGUCCAGGUUAGUAUGCGAAGCCAGGAGUACUAUUAUUAUUGUGUUAGCAACAGUUGCAUUAACUAUUUCAGAAAAAUUACUGCCUUUAAGAAGGAAACAAAACACAACCCUCAAGCUAUGUUUGUAUCCAUAAUUGACAUCCAGAUCGGGUUUAUGUGUGAUGCAUUGUUUGGAAAAUUGCAAUACAAACUGGCAUAAGAACUCCUUAUUCUGAUGAUGCACUUUUAUGUAUUUUUUUUAUUAGAAGGUAGAACUAAUUUUAGAUUUUUCAGCUUAAUGGAUUUUAAAUUUUUUUUCCCAAAAAAAUUUUCUUUACAAUUAGUCUUUAAAUUGGACACGUUGUGCAGUGGUGUACCAUUCUGCCCCAGAAAGGACAGGAGGACACCUAGCUCAGCCGAGUCCUUACGGGCAGCUGUAGCCCUUAGGGUGAAUUGUCAAUGCUAAGGUAUACUUUGGACACUGAAAGAAGAAUUAGGCGAUACUUGGUUUUGAUGAGGUUAUGAUUAAGAAGUAUAUAUUCCUUUUAUUUAUAGAGUUGUUUUAUAGUGCAUACAAAUCAGCAGUCAGCCAACAAGUGUGGUCUUUGAGCUUUCUCAAGCUCUGUUCUUUUGCCUUCAGUCUGUUAAUCUUCAAAACAACGACAGUGCUUCCCCCACCCCACCCCCUUUUUUUGCCUUUCUUUUUGCCCUUUUGCUUGUAUACACAGGGUAAGGCUUAUUUCACAGAAACCAGAAUGCCAGUAUUUUCCUAAGCCAUGACAUGUAAAACGUGACCCUGUGGCUACAUGACACAGAACACUAACUUUGGUCCCAUGGCUAGAACUUGAGAAUGACUGAGAGCCAUACCUGUGAAGCAUCUCCGGAGGAUGGCCAUUUGAUCUCUGAGAGGAUUUUUGUACACUCCACAGAACUCCCGUUCCUGUCUUAGACAAAUUGAUUUUCAAUUUUAAAAGUGGGCAAAAAGGCAUUUUCUUCCAGAUUUUUAAACUAAUUUUUAUUUUUAACCAGUUUAUCAAAAUUUGUCAGUGAAUUUUACAUACAAAAACAUUUUAAAAAUCAUUUCUAGUAAGCACUUGACAUUUAGUCAGCUCUCCACUUUUGAAUUUUUUUUGUUCUAUCAAAAAUUAGAAACCUCCUUUAAAGACAAUGAUUUCUCAUAAUUAAGUAGCAGAAUUCUCGUCCAUCUUGUGACAUCUGACAGAUGCCAGAUGUUGAUAAAGUUACUCUUUGUUAAUCUGAGUAAAGCAGACCUGUAGCAGCAGAUCUUUGUAUGAGCAUGGUUUUUAAAUCCUUCAUUUCGCUGCAUUCUAUCACACAUUUGUGCAUUUUCAUGUUACACUGCAAUUACUUAAACUCUCCCCUGUCCUUCUAAAUUAAUUUCCAAAGUUGGAGUAUAGUCUCUCCCCUUAAGCUAUGCAUUAAUUAAGGCUUUCUUUACCACUUACAUUGUUUAUACACAGUGUUCUCCUCUCCACCUCUUGCUCUGCAGUCACCUUGCCCUUCCCCCACCACUUGAGUAAAGAAGAUGGUCCGCUAACAGUUGACAUGUACCGGUGUCUGUGUGCGUAGCUUCAGAGUUAGAUUGAUAUCACCAGGCACAGAUUUAGUCUUGUCGUUUUGUUUACACAUUGGGGAAAAAUUCAGUUUAAUAAACGUUCCAUGUAACUGCAUCCAAGUUUCACCAGGCUGGAGACGUGGAUCUUUCUGUGUAGUGACUUUUUACUUCUAGUUUCCAUAACCUGGAGAUCAGACUGUUGCUUUCGCAUGAUGUAAGUAGUGUCUCAUGACUGGAGUUUGCUUUGUUUUAUAGUAUCUGUACUCCUUGUAUUUUUCAAGAGCUAUUUUGUAAACAGAUGAUGUAUUUCUCCAUUGAAAACACAAUAAAAAAAAAAACAGCACAAA